CCAGAGCGAGCUGGGACGAACGAGGAGCGAGGAGGAGGUCGGAGCAGCCAGAGCGCAGAGAGCGCACAGAUUCACAGGAAUCAUGGAGAAAACAUCACCGCUCAGAAGGACUUUGCCAUCUAACAGACUGCGACUUUUCACAUCACUUCUCACCUUAUACGGACUUACCUCAGGUGUGAGCAGUAACCACGUGUUUGUUCCUGAGAAAGUCGAUGCAGUGCUGGGGAAGAACAUCACACUGGGCUGCAGAAUAGAGGUGGGCUCCAACCUCAGCCUCACACAGAUCUCCUGGGAACGUCGUCUUCCGUCAGGCACCAUUACCUUGGCAGUGUUCAACCCUAAGUAUGGAACCUCCUUCUCUCAAGAAUAUGCCCAGCGUAUCUCAUUUGUUUCCCCUUCAAUACAAGAUGCGACCGUUACCCUUAAAGAAGUUGGGUUUGCAGAUAUUGGGUCCUACACCUGCAAAGUGGCAACAUUUCCUCUGGGCAAUACACAAGCAUCAACCUUCGUCAAUGUACUAGUGGAGCCAAAGGUGUAUGUGUCAGCCGGCCCCACAGCUCUUCUGGAUGGCGGGAACGAGUCGCUGGUGGCCACCUGCAUAGCAGAGCGUGGCCGUCCCCCUGCUGAGGUUUUCUGGGAGACGGAGCUAUAUGGGCGAAGUGAGAAGCAAAGUCAUGAUGAGCCCAACAGCACCACCACCAUACAUGUGCAAUACAUGUGGCAGCCGCAGAGCUACGCCCAGGGGAAGACGCUCACCUGUGUGGUGCGCCACCCAGCCCUGCAAACAGAGUUCCGCAUACCAUACAAACUCAAUAUUCAGUUUGCGCCAGUGGUUUCAGUAAUUGGACUUACCAAAAACUGGUAUGUGGGUCAAGAGAAUGUGAAGUUCACCUGUAGUGCCAAAGCUAACCCACCUGCCCGUCACUUCACAUGGAUCAGGUUGGAUGGAUUGAUGCCAGAGGGUGUUGAGAUCUCAAACAAUACCUUUGCUUUCACUCGCCCGUUGGAGCGCAAUGACUCUGGAGUAUAUCGCUGUGAAGUGAUGAAUGACAUAGGUCUCCGCAGUCAGAAUGUAAACCUCUGGGUACAAGAUCCUCCCCCCACCACUGCAGCCCCCAGCACCACUGCAUCCCUUCACCAUGACACCUCUGGAACUGGCACUGUGGACCAGCCGAAAUCCCUGUUCACAUCCCCAACUUUGGCUCCCUUAGCUGACAGCAGCCUGGGUACUAUAGUUGGCGGGGCGGUGGGUGGAGUUCUCUUCCUGAUCCUCUUGCUGAUCCUGGGUGGGGUGUGCUUUAUGCGCCAGCGGAGAACCUUCAGGGGCGACUACUACACCAAACAGUACCUGGGACCCUCUGACAUGCAGAAGGAGUCUCAGCUUGACGUGCUGCAGCCACAUGAGCUGCAGGAGGUCUACGGGGACAAGACGAGCAAAGGCAGCCAGGACCUAAAACCCAAACUGGGGGGAGACAUCAUUUACCCCGACUACACGCCCGAACGCAAGGAUAGGGACGACUGGGCCGACAGGGGGGACGCCCACAGGGGCCUCAAGGAGGGAAAUUACUACCCUGAUCACUACAACACCCAAAACAUGCACCCCUGUGGGCCUCCCGUGCACAGCCCCAUAGUGAACAACGGAUCCCCCUACCUCCCAGAGGACUGCUAUGACAAUGGCACAGACAGCGACUAUGUGUCCCACAUGGACGGAUCUGUGAUCUCACGCAGGGAGUGGUAUGUUUGAGGAAAAGAGUGAAAGAAAAAACAGACAAAUGACUGACUGAGAAUAAUUUAACAAGUGACAGAUAUAAAUAUCAUUAAAGGUUGCGUCAUUUCAGUUAAAGGAUGAAUACAGUUUCUCAGCUCAGUUUCACAGUGAGCUCUUUGAACAGUACUGCUCUGCCUUGAUUGUAACCACUUAACCUUAAGGACGUGUUUGUGGAUUGUACUACACUUUUGUAGCAUUUCAAGGAGCUACAAAUACGCUGGAUGGCCUCAGUGAUAUUAUCUGUGUAGGCUUAAGAGGCUUUGGCAUACAAUGACUUUUCAUGAUAUGAAUGAGGUUUUGUAUUCUGCUUGUUUCGUGUUUGCACCUGUCUUUAAAACAGGUGACCGGUCAGGUGUUCGGACCCUCGUUAAUGAAGUUAGAUCUGCUCCCAUAAAACCUCACAACUUCUGUGGUAUUUUGAAAGUGGCCCCAGAUUGCUUACAGCAUUUUCAUACAGGUGAUAUGUUUAACAUGGCUGCAACCAGUAUUUAAAGCAAAUUGUAUUGCAUGAUUUUUUUUAAAAACAAAAUGUAUCAUCGCGUCAAAGGGAAAGUCACAUGGUUAAAAGGGAGAAUUACACAGACAUUGUACUGAGGGAAAAGAGAGUUGACUGAUGCUACAGCAAUACGGUUCCAAAAAAAAACACUGCCCCUUGUAAAAACUUUAGAGAAGUUAUUCUGUAGCUUUUGCAAACUUUGAGUAUCUUCUGUGAAUUAUUCACAAAAUGGCAACCUGUCACCUGACAGAGAAAGAGGUGACUCCCUGUGGAAGAAAUUUUACUCAGAGCUUCAGUUCAGCUUAACCAGACAAGCUCAUGUUGUUUUGAUAAAUAACUCCUUGAGAAGUAAAUGCAGCCGUGACCUGAUUGCAUGCUGCACAAGGCACAGGUAGUUUUCCACACGACAGCAGGACAAAGUUAAGUUCAGUUACCUCACUAAGGAGUUGGAGGUGUGCAGCCUGUCACCUGCUCCUUCUUGAUUUGUUACUUCCUUCCAAAAAUUAAAAAUCGUCUGCCGGUGAAAAAAAAUGCCAAUAAUUAUUGUUGUCUCAUUGUGUAGACACACUUUUGAUGAGUUGCUUACUGAGUUUGAUGAGUUUCCUGUGGCUGUUUCACAAUAAGAGCAUGCAUCAUUUUUUCUGUGAAUCCCUUGUGCUUAGGUAGCUGAGCUGAAUCCAGUGCAGGAACGGCGAACUCUACCACCGCCUACAAAAACUACUAUAUAGAGAUAAUUACUGAAUGUAAACACAUGAAAUGGCUACUACGGAAAAAGUGUCAACCAUAAACAGUAUCAAAUUUGUAUUGAUUACUGAAAAUCCUAUGAAUUUACCACUUUUAUCAAAUACACUAUUAUCAGUAUUGAAAUGUCUUAAUGCAGUCACUUUCUUGCAGUGAAAUAGCACAACUUUUAUUACGUUUGUCAGCAAACAUCAAAGGAAGCCAACCGGGCCUUGGCCUUCUCCACUUAGCCAUGAUAACAGGCUUCAUCGCUGUCUUUGCCAUUUUCCCUCCUCCUUAUCCUCUGGUUUCUGUCUGCGAGACUAACACCAAUUGGUCAUUAUAGUUUUUUAUUUAAACAUGGGAUCAAAGCAAUGUGUUAUAAAUACCAGAUGUGACUAUAACAGCUGUCAUCAUCUGACAUUAUGUGGCUCCAUAAACCACCAACAGUUUCACUGCUCCUGGUCGACACUCCUCAGUCAUGAUUCAUGAUGGUAAAUAAGCAAAACACUCAUUGGGGAAGAAAACAGACACUGAGCAAAGAUAAACUGAUCCUUCAGUUUGCAUGUGUUAAAAGUCUGAUUAUUCAAAUACCUUGGAGACAUUGCGAGCGUCUGACAUCACUGCUGAUCACAGAACAGGCUAUAAUGUUGGGGUUUGGCUCCUCAGCAGCUCCUCUGAGGAUAUGCAGCGAUCAUGGAAACUAGAAACUUAAUCCACAAGUGAAAAAAACUGGUUUAAGAACCAUCUAGGUUAGAGCUGUCUCUGUAAUGGCUCCCCAAGGGAUUUAUAUAUAUUUUUUUCUUUUCCUACAAACAACAAACCCAUUGACAUUAAGAUGAAACAAAGGAGUUGACAUCAUCAAUGAUCUCAUCUCUCACUGGUUGAUUUGACCUUAGACUUUUCCACUUAGUGCUGCUUUUUUUUUUGUUUCCUCAGGAAUGAUACAUGGAUCAAAGUGGCCUCUGCAAAGCCUCACAUGAAAGGGAAAACAUACCCUUUUUGGAAAGAUCCCCGUUUAGUCAAUCAGGGUGUUUGUUAGAAGAAGGAACCAUAUAUGUGUAUCACAGUGAGAUCAGGACAGCGGGGUUGGGUAUAUUUUGAGGUCUCCCUCUUUCUUAUUGGGGUUUUAUAGAUUGUGGGUGCACAUUUUCUCGUUCGUUUUUUUUUUUUUCUUUUUUCUUUUUUUUUUUUUUAACCCUUCUCCACCCUAGGUUUCCCAUGCCAGGGCUUUGGUCGAAGGUUUAGAUGUCUGAGAAUAAACUGCUUUAAUCUCUUUAGCUCGCUCUCACUCUCAUCGUCGCACGCGCACACCCGGCCACCACACAUCUGCCACUGCUGCCCACAUUCAAAGAGCAGUCCUCACCUCAAACCAUCAGCUUUUUAAUUAACUUUUUCUUCUUUCUUUUUUUUUUUUUUUUCCUCGUUGCACUUGGCAACCGAAGUGCUCGAACUCGGCGAUACGGUAAAUAGCACAUCCAUGUCUGCAUGCACGCAUUUUUUAAACGGCUGAUUCCUAUCUGGCCGCUUGUUUCUUAUUCUGUAAAGUUGAUCCACACAAACUGCUGUCUUUGAUCUUUUCAUAAGUUUCUGCCUCAUCUCUAAAGACUGUUUGACAAAAGCAAAAUGAGCUGAAGUGAUGAAUGUUUUUUGUAUCCUUUUGGAUCAGUUUUGGUCAACUGGUUGCAUGUAAAUUAAGUUAUUUGCUGCCAACUAUGCUCAUUAUUUCUCAUCAGUAAUGUUUAUAUACAUGUACAUAAUGGUAUAAUAGGUUAGCGUAGGAUUACCUGUUCUCUCAGUUUGAUUCAUAUGUUCAUGUACAGUUUGUUCUGGACUCCCCUACUGAAUAGUUGGUGCCUUAGAAGGGCUGAGCAAUGCACAGAAACUUUAAAAAAAAUGACAAUUACUGAAAGGAUUUAUAGAAAGGAUAUAAAUAUCAAUAAAGAGGAGGGCUGACUGGUCCUUUAAUGUCUUCCGUCUUGAUAUUUAAGAUUUACUGUUCAAAAUAUCAGAAUAGACAAAAGGUUGAUUGUCAUGCCUUAUACACUUUGAAAGGACACAUGUAACAAGUUGGUUACUGAGAAAAUUGUAAUAAGUAUAGUUUCACUGGGAAUUGAGGCAAGCCAGAUUCAUAGAAAAUAUUAUCGUCCUGUAAAUAUGCUGGCUGUUUUUUUUAUUAUUAUUGAAAAAAAAAAUCUUAUUUUUUGUAUGAGGUCUGUAAUUUUCACAGAGUAUUAGUUUAUCUUACGAGCGUCCGUGGAGCUCGUCUCAUGAUAACGUAGAGGGCGAUCCUGUUUUCACUGCGUUUUUGUAUUUGUUCUCGAGAGUUUCUGACCAAUUAUUUUGUAUGUUGUUCUUUGAAUGAUUGACGUCUCACAGGAAUCAGAGGUGAAAGUGCGGCAGAUUGUGUUUUGUUCCUUUGUUUGCAAUAAAAGACCAC